AUCUCCUUCCGACUCUUGACUGAAACAACGGAACUGAGAGCGUCGUUGUAAGACCAUGUCCGGCAAGACUCUGUCAAUUUUGGGUUGUGGCAACCUUGGGCAGCCAAUUCUGAGCAGUCUUCUCGGCGAAUCUGGCAGCGACAAAAAUUUAAAAUUCGAUAAGUACAUUGCAUGCGUAAGGAGCGAGGCUUCUGAGAAGAAGUUGGGCGAGAAAUAUCGGGAAGCUGUCGAAUCAGGGAAGCUUUCCAUCUCAAGAGGGGACAAUGUCAAGGCUGCACAAGACGCAGAUGUUGUAAUACUUGGAGUUGAUCCAGCAGAUGUUGAGUUAACUCUCAAGCAAGAAGGUCUGUCUGCUGCGCUGAGCGGGAAGCUUCUAAUCAGUCUUGCUGCUGGGUGGACAAGAGCAGACAUCGAGAAGCUGCUUAUAUUGAGCAAAGACAAGAUCUGGGUUGUUCGCACUCUGCCAAACAUCGCCGCGCAGGUUUCCGAGUCACUCACAGCGAUCGAGGACCCUGAUAAAGAUAUACCGAAAGAACUGGUGGCGAUCACCGACACAAUCUUCAACCAGGUUGGAAAGAUCGCGCACAUUGACCCGAGGUUGAUGAACGCUUCGACAGCCGUAGGAGGGUCGACACCCGCGAUGUUCGCUGUUAUCUGCGAUGCUUUUAUCGACGCAUCAGUGGCUGUUGGUAUGCCUAGGGCAACUGCGCAGACCAUGAUCUACCAGAGCAUGGUCGGCACAGGACGAAUGUUGCAAAGCGGCAUUCACCCCGGCGUUCUCAAGGAUCAGGGAACAUCACCGGAGGGCUGCACGAUAGGUGGUUUGAUGGUGAUGGAGGAAGCUGGUAUUCGUGGUCAUCUUGGCAAGGCGCUCAGAGAAGCCGUGACUAUUGCGCGCUUGAUGGGUCAAAAUCCUCACGUCAAUGACACUCGGCAAGGGCAAUAGAAUGAAGAAGAGUCCGUGGUCGCAAUCGAUCACGAUACUGAUAGAAGUGGGCGAUACCGUGUUGUCUGCAAGUAAUUUCUGCGCGUGAAGCGCGUUGUUUUUUCUGAAGGUCGUAAGCACGCAAGAGCUCCUUUGUAACGGUUGAGAGGAGAAGCAGAUCACGUGUUGUUGGCGGUGGUCUUGUGCUGCUUCCUCAUGUUGUUGAGCACCUCUUACCUCAGCUGCAUCACAAACACGUCGUCAAAACAGACCCCGCAGCGAGCCUUGGAGAGAAAAGAUACAAGCAGAACAAGAACACAGAACAACACAAUACACUCGUUUACAU